CUCGUGAGCCAGUCUUCUUGCAGCAGGCGCGCGGCCGGCUGCUUGUUGCAGUGCGCGGUGCGAACUAUCACACACGAGUUCGCGGUCAUAGGCUCGAACGAACAUCGAAAUCGACGGUCAGUGCGGUGACCAUGAUGAUGGACAACGGGGUGUUAAAUAAUUAUGAGUAUGGGGACGGAUACAUGGAACAGGAGGAGGAGUGGGAACGCGAGGGUCUCUUAGACCCGGCCUGGGAGAAACAACAGAAAAAGACUUUCACAGCAUGGUGUAACAGCCACUUGCGUAAAGCCGGUACCGGUAUCGAGAACAUCGACGAGGACUUCCGCAAUGGGCUGAAGCUCAUGUUACUGCUGGAGGUCAUCUCCGGGGAAACCCUGCCCAAACCUGACCGUGGCAAGAUGCGCUUCCACAAGAUCGCCAACGUCAAUAAGGCGCUGGACUUCAUUGCUUCAAAAGGCGUGAAGCUAGUGUCCAUCGGUGCUGAAGAAAUCGUCGAUGGUAACCUGAAAAUGACGUUAGGUAUGAUCUGGACCAUCAUCUUGAGAUUCGCCAUCCAGGACAUCUCAGUAGAAGAAAUGACCGCCAAGGAGGGUCUACUAUUGUGGUGUCAACGUAAAACAGCGCCCUACAAGAACGUGAACGUGCAGAACUUCCAUCUCUCGUUCAAGGACGGUCUCGCGUUCUGUGCCCUUAUCCACAGGCACAGGCCUGACCUGAUCGACUACAGCAAGCUCUCCAAGGACAACCCGCUGGAGAACUUGAACACCGCCUUCGAUGUCGCCGAGAAGUAUCUCGAUAUUCCACGCAUGUUGGAUCCAGAUGAUCUGCAAAACACUGCGAUGCCGGACGAACGGGCGGUCAUGACAUACGUAUCUUCGUACUACCAUUGCUUCUCAGGCGCUCAAAAGGCUGAAACGGCCGCGAACCGCAUCUGCAAAGUUCUCAAAGUUAACCAGGAGAACGAACGCCUCAUGGAGGAGUACGAGCGCCUUGCCAGUGACUUACUGGAAUGGAUCCGCCGCACAAUGCCGUGGUUGAACAGCCGCCAGACCGACAACUCGCUUGCUGGCUGCCAGAAGAAACUGGAAGACUACCGUACUUACAGGCGUAAGCACAAGCCACCUCGCGUAGAGCAGAAGGCCAAACUGGAGACCAACUUCAACACGCUGCAAACCAAACUGCGCCUCAGCAACAGGCCCGCCUAUAUGCCCACUGAAGGCAAAAUGGUUUCUGACAUCGCCGGAGCCUGGAAAGGUCUGGAAAUCGCUGAGAAGGCGUUCGAAGAAUGGCUGCUCAGCGAGAUGAUGCGUCUUGAGCGUCUUGAGUACUUGGCGCAGAAGUUCAAGCACAAGGCUGACAUCCAUGAGGAUUGGACCAGAGGCAAGGAAGAGAUGCUCCAAUCGCAAGACUUCCGCCAAUGCAAAUUAUACGACAUCAAGGCGCUCAAGAAGAAGCACGAGGCCUUCGAGUCCGACCUCGCCGCGCACCAGGACCGCGUCGAACAGAUCGCCGCUAUCGCUCAGGAGCUUAACACGCUGGAGUACCACGAGGUGGGCGCAGUGAACGCGCGCUGCCAGCGCAUCUGCUCGCAGUGGGACCGGCUGGGCGCGCUCACGCAGCGGCGCCGCGCAGCGCUCGACGACGCCGAGCGCGUGCUCGAGCAGAUCGACCUGCUGCACUUGGAGUUCGCCAAGCGCGCCGCGCCCUUUAACAACUGGCUGGACGGCACCCGCGAGGACCUGGUGGACAUGUUCAUCGUGCACACCAUCGAGGAGAUCAGCGGCCUCAUGGACGCGCACGCUCGCUUCAAGGCCACGCUCGGAGAGGCAGAUAAGGAAUACCAGGCGAUAGUCAACCUUGUACACCAAGUGGAGUCCAUCGUCAAGCAACACCAAAUCCCUGGAGGACUUGAGAACCCCUACACUACAUUAACCGCACACGAGCUGAACCGCAAGUGGUCCGACGUGCGGCAACUAGUGCCGCAGCGCGACGGCACGCUGGCGGCCGAGCUCCGCAAGCAGCAGAACAACGAGACGCUGCGCCGCCAGUUCGCGGAGAAGGCCAACGCAGUCGGGCCCUGGAUCGAGCGGCAGAUGGACGCUGUCACCGCUAUUGGCAUGGGCCUCCAGGGCUCACUGGAAGACCAAUUACACCGGCUGAAGGAGUACGAAGCCGGCGUGUACGCGUACAAGCCGCACAUCGAAGAGUUGGAACGCAUCCACCAAGCUGUACAAGAGGGCAUGAUCUUCGAGAACAGGUACUCCCAAUACACGAUGGAGACGCUCCGCGUGGGCUGGGAGCAGCUCCUCACGUCCAUCAACCGCACCAUCAACGAGGUGGAGAACCAGAUCCUCACGCGCGACUCCAAGGGCAUCACGCAGGAACAGCUCACCGAGUUCCGCGCAUCAUUCAACCACUUCGACAAGAACCGUACAGGACGAUUGGCACCUGAGGAAUUGAAAUCAUGCCUGGUGUCUCUCGGCUACAGUAUUGGCAAGGAUAGACAGGGUGAACUCGACUUCCAACGCAUUCUCGCUGUCGUUGAUCCCAACAACACUGGCUACGUAUCGUUCGAUGCGUUCUUGGACUUCAUGACGAGGGAAUCCACCGACACUGACACAGCUGAACAGGUCAUCGACAGCUUUAGGAUCUUAGCUGGUGACAAGCCGUUCAUAACCGCGGAGGAGCUCCGCCGCGAGCUGCCGCCCGACCAGGCGGAGUACUGCGUGUCGCGCAUGCCGCCGUACCGCGCGCCCGGCGCCCCGCCCGGCGCGCUCGACUACAUGGCCUUCUCCACCGCGCUCUACGGCGAGACCGACCUCUAGAUCUAUCUUCGCCAUAAAGUCAAGAACAGGUGACAAAGGGUAGAGACCUUUCGAAGAACAUAAGAUCUGCACUCCACCAACAGAAGCAAAAUUUUACUAACACGGUGGAUUAAUUAGUCAUGGAAAAUUGCGAAAAAUUAUAUCACUUUCGUUGAUCAUAUCACGCCGCCCUAAGCAUGGUCAACAUAAGAGAACGAUUUUUGCAAUAAGUUGUUUUAACAGUUUAAGUAUGUGCAAUGUCAAACCAAAAAUGUCAUUAACUUUGAGAAAUUUUACUCCCUAAAAUAUGGACUUUUGGCUCAAAUCCGGAGAAACUUUGUAUGUUUACAAUUCUAUUUAUAUUAGAUUUAGGUAUUUUAACUUUUGUAUGAGACCAUCAGAGAAGUCACAAAACAUUUAUUUGUAAGUUAAAUGGUGCUAAUAUUAGGCUCACUAAUGUGUGACACCAAAUUAAGACUCAUUCAUAUUGUGAGAAUGUUUUGUUAUAUUUUAUUUUUAAGCAAGCAUUAUUUAUACAAAUCAAAUUUUAUUACUGCCAUUAGUAAUUUAACUUGAAUGGUAGGAAAUACAUAACAUGUAAGCAAGAUAUUCAACAGUGUUGCAAGGAAUAAUCAUACAAAUUAUUUAUUUAUUCAAUAGAUUGCCACACCUUGCCCGCAUCUAUUUAUUAUCAUUUGAAUAUCAUUUUAUAUAAUCGUUUGUGAGAGUAUUUUUGGUUGAGUACUCUAAAUAAAUGAUCUGCCAUAUUUUAGUCUUUUAAUAAUGACUGUGUUGUUAAUUCAACCAAUUAUAUUAUUAUGAGGAAGAAGUGGGAUGUAGGCUAAGAAUGAAUUAUGUGCCCAAAAAGUAUACUAACUCGAAUGUACAGCUAAAUUAAUAAAGAGCUCUUAAAACAAAAA